AUGAUUGAACAAACUGUGGAAAUCGGCAAUGGUCUGUUUGAGGACCAGUUUGAAGUGAGUGUGAAGAUGAGUUCGUACCUGCUGGCCUUCAUUGUCUGUGACUUCAGAUCUGUCAGUGGGAUGACUGCAACCGGAAUUAAUAUUUCUAUUUAUGCAGUUCCAGAGAAAUGGCAUCAGACACACUAUGCUCUUGAGGCUGCUUUGAGGCUUUUGGAGUUUUAUGAACAAUAUUUCAACAUACUUUAUCCACUGCCAAAAAUGGACCUGAUAGCGAUUCCAGAUUUCCAGUCAGGAGCUAUGGAGAACUGGGGUUUGACUACUUAUAGGGAGACAUCUCUUCUGUACAACCCUGACAUCUCAUCAGCCUCUGAUAAGCUCUGGGUUACACUGGUGAUAGGACACGAGCUGGCCCAUCAGUGGUUUGGUAACCUGGUGACCAUGGAGUGGUGGAAUGAUAUAUGGCUGAAUGAAGGCUUUGCCCGAUAUAUGGAAUUUGUCUCACUUGAAGCAGUAUAUCCAGAGCUUAAAGUUGAGGACCACUUCCUGGACACCUGUUUCGGAGCUAUUGGACGGGAUUCUCUAAAUUCUUCCAGGCCAAUUUCCAGUUUAGCUGAGAACCCUACUCAGAUAAAGGAAAUGUUUGAUACAGUGUCAUAUGAUAAGGGAGCAUGUAUUCUCCAUAUGCUGAGGAAUUUCUUGACAAACGAAGGCUUUCAGAGUGGCAUAAUUCGGUACCUUCGGAGGUUCAGGUACAGCAAUGCCAGAAAUGAAGACCUGUGGGACAGCCUUAUUAAAACGUGUUCUGAGGAGGAUUUUACAGCAGGAGAAUACUGUUACAGCAGUACCCAAGCCACUAAAAAUGCGUAUCGUUUUGCUGGGGAGCAUAUAGACCUGAAGAAAAUGAUGUAUACGUGGACUUUACAAAAGGGCAUACCACUGGUCACGGUGAGGCGGCAGGGCAGGAAACUUUAUGUUGGGCAAGAGCGCUUCUUAAAGAUAGUCCUGCCCAAUGAUCCCUCAUGGAAUUCACUUCAAGAAGGCUACCUGUGGCACAUCCCUUUGACAUACAAAACAAGCCACUCUGAACAUGAGAUGAAACACGUAUUGACCACAAAAUCAGAUGUGUUGACGCUAGAUGAGGAAGUUGACUGGGUGAAACUCAACACUGACAUGAAUGGAUAUUAUAUUGUCCAUUAUGAUGAGGAGGGCUGGAACGCCCUGACGGAGCUGCUGAGAGUAAACCACACUGCUCUGAGCUUUAAGGACAGAGCCAGCCUCAUUCAUAACGCCUUCCAGCUGGUCACUGCAGGACGACUGUCACUAGACAGAGCUUUAGAUUUGAUCGGUUACUUGAAGUCUGAGAUCCACAAUGUUCCUCUCCUGCAAGGGCUUGGCUAUCUGCAAUCAUUCUACAAGCUGAUAGAGAAGAGACACAUAGCUGACGUUACUCAUAAUCUGAAGACCUACAUCUUGCAGUAUUUCGGAGAUGUGAUUGACAAGCAGACGUGGAGCGAUGAUGGGACAGUCUCAGACCGGAGACUGCGUGAAGCGGUUCUUUCCCUUGCAUGUGAUUUCAAUUAUCCACCUUGUUUGGAAAAGGCUAAGCAGCUCUAUAAUAGCUGGGUGAAAUCCAAUGGUACAGUCAGCUUACCCACUGAUGUGUCUAAGACGGUUUACAUGGUUGGAGCCCAGGAUGACAGCGGUUGGGCCUACCUUCUGGAAAAGUAUGGUGUGUCCAUGUGUGAGACAGAGAAGAGCAAAUUUCUCUCAGCUUUAGCAAGCAGCAAGGACUCUAAAAAACUAUCAAGAUUAUUACAGCUUGGAAUGGGUGGGACUGUAAUAAAAACACAGAAUUUACCCAGUCUCAUAUACAUGGUGGCCAGAAAUCCAGUGGGCCAUUUUCUAGCAUGGGAUUUUGUGAAGAAACAUUGGAAUGAGCUGGUAGAAAAGUUUCCACUGGGAUCUUUUGGAAUCAGAAAUAUAAUUGUAGGCACUGUAACUCAGUUCUCAUCCACUGAAGAGUUGAGAGAGGUUGAGGAUUUCUUCAAGUCCAUCACAGAGCAGGUAUCUCAGCUGCGUGUCAUACAGGUGGCCACAGAAAACGUGGAGAAGAACAUUAUGUGGCUCACGAGGAAUCUAGAGACCAUGAGGACUUGGUUGCAGCAAAGACUCAACUAAAAUGCAAAAAGAAGACCAACAUUUCGCAUUAUACUACUUUUUUACUAGUAUAUUGAUCAGGAUCAGCUCAGAAACUAAUGCAUGAUGUGUUUGCUUUUUUGGUUUACUUAGAUAUGGACAGCUAUGCCGUUUCAAACCUUGAAUGGUUUUGUCUUGGUGUUUUCUUUGCCUCUGAUUGGUCUCUUGACAGCUGUGCCACAUUUUCUAACUAAUGUUAAUAGGACUCUGCCUAUUGAUUAGUGGCAUAAAAUCAUACUUGAAGACACUGAACAUUAAUGAACUGAAUAGGGUUUGGAAUAAAAAUAAAUAUUUUUUUAUACGGGUUGAUGCAGCUGAGUCUAGCCUAAAAACAAAAAUGUGUUCUUAUGAAACAUGACAAAGACAGAAAAUGUAUUAAA